UCACGCACGCACGAACAUAUUCUCAGGUCUCAAACACACGGCAUUAUUGCCGUGAGUGCUGUAUUUUUUUUUUUUUAUCAUUAUCUCGUAUUCGUUGAGCACAUAAAGUUAGCGGAUACGUACGAUAUUCGUAUACUAUUUUUAGCCGUCGACGAAAAUUAAUUUCCGGUAAACCACACAAGCGUUUCGUACCAGCGUUGGUCGAGCCGUCUCGUGUCUACCACACGGCACACGGCAGUACGGCUCACGCACACUCACGCAACACAAUUCACACACACACUCGGAAUCGUCACUAUCACUCGAACGCGAAACUGCGAAAGUUAAAUAGUUAAUAAUUAUUUACUUACGACCACGGCACGUCCGUCGGCCGACGCAUACCCAUUGUCGUCGUCAUCAUCUUCUUCGUCAUCGCGUGCGGUAAGUCGCGCGCGCCGUUGCUGCCCGUCGUCCCGGUCAGUUCCGGAAUCGGUGCGUCCGGUGCCCGCGCCCGUUUGUCAAGCGUUAGAUGGCGAUAAACUUUUAUGGGAAACACAAAAUGGCCGGUGUCAACGAGUGUUUCUCCAUCGGCAGCGUCGUCAUGUGCACCAACUGCUUCGACGAGGAGAUCGAGGGCGAGGUUCUCGGGUUCGAGCCCACCACGAAAAUGCUAAUACUGAAAUGUCCAUCUACUAAUAAUAAUCCAUUGUUAAACAACAUCAACAUAGUGAACUUAGCGUUUGCCAAAGAUGUACAAGUUAAAAAGGAGUCCAGUUUCAAUCCACCACCUUUGCCUUCGUUAAAUUUAAAUAGGUUAAAUAAUAGGAUAAAAACUCAAAUACAAGAUAAGAAACGUCAAAUAUCAGCUAUGUCUGCCAAUGUUUCCCCUGAGGCACAAAAAUUGUAUUUGACUAUAACUAAAACGAUUCCAGAAGUAACUUGGCAAGGGCAGAAUAUUGUCGUAUAUGAUCAAGUGAUAAUUAGCCCACCUUACAAGGCUGAUAAUGUCAAAGGCACUGGAAACCAAGAGGACAAAGCUAUUUUGUACAUAAAGAAUAUUGUGGAAAAAUUUGUUAAAGAUACGGCUUCUCAACAAGUUACAUCCACACCAACAACCCAUCGGAGCAAGCCAGCUGCUGCUACUGCAGCAGCGCCACAGCCACAAUAAAGUUAUGCUGUGAUUAAGGGAGUUGAAAUAAAAUUAUUAUAAUUUAUUAAGUCAAGUAUAACAAAAGAGAAGAACCCAAGUAGAUAUAUUUAUUAUACAUUUAUCAGCAAUAUUCGUCUAAUUUCUAUUGUGGAUCAAUAUAACUUUUUUUUUCUGUCUAAAAUAUAAAUCAAUAUUUGAUUUCAAAUAAAACUAAACUCUUGGAUUCUGAAAACUCUUACAACUUGGAAAUACAUUAUUCUUUUUUAUUUUA